AUGGCGACCGACGACUCCUACGUCCCGCACAUCUUCGACGACGACAACAUGGCCGAGCACUGGGCCACCGACCCGCAGAUGUUUGACUCGACCGGUCUCGAGCCCGACCUGUCCGACAUGGGCGGCGAGGCAGCCUUCGACUACAACCAAUAUCUCAACAACGACGCCUUUUCGUCUCCCGCCCGGACCCAGUCUGCCAUGCCGGGCUAUCCAUCGCCCGCCAAGGCCUUCGCCGCCCGCAGCGACCACACGCCUGCUCCGCUGCAGUCACAGUCCGCCGCCCUGCAGCCACGCUCGCAAAUGUCGUCGUCGCCCGCAAGCAGCUCGAGCCAAGAUUCAGCCUCCGAGACGUCUGGCAGGCGCAAGCGGAAGCUGACCUCGUCUGACUCGUCGCCAUCACAGUUCUUCGGCGGCGGCGCCGACACCAGCAUGGACGAGUGGCACAAGGACUCGAUGGCGGGCUUCGACAUGCCCCACGCCCACGACUCGAUAUUCGUCAAGCGUGAGUCUUCGGAUUUUCUCAAUCUCGAAAAUGACGUGGAUACGAUCGGCAAGACCAUGGCCUCGUCUGCCUUCGAAGUUGGCAGCAGUGGCAGCAGUCCUGCCAUCUUCACCUGCGGCUCGCCCAACCAGACUGUCGUGCCGUCCAAGUUGGAACAGCACUCGUCCCAAAUGCAUGCCAACCCUUCGGCCGAUUUCAUCAUUGGCGCUCGCGACGAGUCGCCCAUGUCUGGUAUGAGCUCAAGUCAUGAACCUUCGCCCGCAGCUGGGAUAUUUUCAAGUGCGCCUCUUUGGAACGACUCGGGCUACAACUCGGCCUUUCCGAACCAUCCGUAUGCGAGCGAACUCUCGCCGACUCAGGCACCACUGAAUUACCCCCCCGCCGAGGCCAUCGUCUUCCCGAAUGCCGUCUCCGGCAGGCCCCGCCUGCACAUCAGUCAAGAAGGCAGCAAAUCGCGAGUCGAAACACAAAUCGGCAUCAGGCUGAUUUUGGAUCCCGUGCCGGCCGGAGUCACGAAGCUCCAUCUCCCCAGAAACGCAGUUUCCAAGCCCAAGCUAUUGGCAAAAGAGAUCAUCAAGGCGCCCGAGACGCUGGAACUUUUCACAUCGCUGGUGUGCGCGAGUGCUAUGGAGAAACCCGAGUUGCAAAUGCGUGCCCUGAAGCGAGCCAGUAGCUACCAAUCGAACGCACGGAAAAGCAAUCCACGGCGCUCUUCCCAGACCGACAUGCCCGAUGACGAUCCAGAUGACCCCGACAAGCCUGCCAAUGGUGGCGAGGUGCGCAUUUGCCAGAACUGUGUGCAGCGUGAGCGUAAGCGCGCUGCACGCAAAAGAGUCAAGAAACAAGAAGAUGAGGAGGCAUGGGCGGAAUAUGAGAACGAACGGGUCAUCGUGUUCAACGACAAAGAGUACAAGGACUGGGGAGCUGUCACACCCCCAAAGGCAGGCGACGUGCCGCAAUACUCACCCACCGCGAUGCAAAUAGAGGUACCCAUGCGCAUUGCCUGCUACUGUCGCCACCAGGGCGAGAAGAACGGCUUCCGGGUGAUCUUCACCAUCAAGGAUUAUCGCGGAAAGGUGAUCGCGCAGUCAAUGACGAGCCCAAUCCUUAUCACGGAUGAUCACAAGACGCAAGGAGGCCCGGUUCCUUCCUCGACUGGAAUGCAUCCCGACCCGAAUCUGCCGUUCACGCCCCUGGGUACCGUGACUGAGCAGCAGCAGGAUUUGCAAUCCGGGCCGCAUCGCAGGCCGUACUUCUCCACCAAUGAUUUGCAGUCUCUCCAGAACAACUGGACAGGCCCCAAGACCUUUCCAAGACCGACCAACAUGUCGCAGGCUACCGUGACUCCCCGAAAUCUUUCACGCCAGACGUCGCCAGUGGGUGCGCAAACGGGGCCGAACAAGAAGCGAAAGUCGAGCGCCACCCACCAUCACAAGGUCCCUCGAGACCUUGCCAUGACCCAGCUGAAUCGUGGUGGCACCGCAACAAGCCCCGGAGCGACCGCGGAAGCCAUGGCAAUGGCAACCACCAUGCCCUCGACGUCCAUGCCUCAAGGUAGUUCGUACGCAACUGCAAACGACCCUCACUUCAUGAUGCAGCCCGUCACAAUUCCGCCUUACGCUUCUGGUCCCUCCACUCCCGGUAGCAAUGCCGGCUAUGUCACCCCCAACACACGCUCUGGAAGCAUGGACGCUCUGAAUUACCCGUUCCUUUCCAUGCCGAACUCCACACAGCAGAGCCGUGCUCCAAGCCCAUCGCUCGGGAGACAGUCGAUGGGUGGCUACAAUCCAGCACCAAUCCCAGCAAACAUGGUCGGAACCCCCAUGAACCUGCUGCAAUCGCAUAUGGACUCGCCAGGUCAAGUCACGCUGCCUCCCUCGAUUUACAAGGUCACCCCAGGUGAGUAUUCCAAGUCCGGAGGAAUCGAGAUUUCGAUCCUAGGCUCCAACUUCACUCGAGAUAUGGAAAUCUAUUUCGGAGAUACGAUUGCAACCACGACCACGUUCUGGAACAACCAGCUUUUGGUCAGCCUGCUGCCUCCCUCGCCCCACCCCGCCGUCGUUCCUGUGACUGUCCGGAUGCAGAAUGGGUAUAUCCCUACACCCGGACCUGGUCCUAUUGUUUCUUUCAAGUACGUGGACGACGACGACCAGCGCAUUUGCGAGAUGGCGCUACGCAUUCUCUGCCAGAAGCAAAACGGCAAUGCGAAGGCGGAUGAUUACCGCGGCUUCGCGCGCCAUGUCGUAACCAUGGCCAGCAACCGUUGGACCCAGAACGGUGGUAACAUGCAGCAAAGGUUUGAUUCCGCUUUUCCGCCGGGAGACACGGAGGAAAUACUCCUCCGAUACUUGGAUUUGGUCGACAUGGACGACAGCCCUCAUCUACCGCGCUUCAACAUGAAGAACAAGACCGGCGCCACGUUCUUGUCGCUUGCCUGCAGUCUAGGAUAUGGUCGCGUCGUUGCAGGCCUCCUCGCGAGAGGUGCCAAUCCCGAUACUCGCGAUCGUGGAGGCUACACUCCCCUGAUGAUGGCGGCCAUGCACGGCCAUGCUCACAUCGUGCGCCGUCUAAUUGCCAAGGGAGCCGACCCGAUGAUGCGUAGUCUGCAGGGAUAUCUUCCAUCUGACUUGGCUACUUCUGAGGAGGUGCUCAACGCCCUUCAGCGAGUCACGUCACACAGGCGAACACGCAGCGCUGGCUCCGUGUCCUUCUCAAUGCGCAGCAGGGCAAGCAGUAUCGCGUCUACUCAUUCCGUGUGGGAGUCGUCUUCCCCCAGCUAUGUCAGCGAGGCUGAAGCCGACUAUGAGGACGAAGGGGAGGAGUCGGAGGAGCCGGUGGAAACCCCGUCAGCGCCUGGCUGGGUUCCUUCGCGUCGUGGCAGUGCCAAGGAAAUCCGACCUUUGCCUUUACCUUCGACUGGUCAGCAGGACCAGCCAGCACUACCUGUCGUGGCUGCCAUGAACGCAUGGAGAGAGAACCUGAGUGUCCAAAUCAAUCAAUUCCAGCAGAACAUGCACUGGAACCUGCCUAAUCUGCAGCUUCCGGCUCUUCCGCCUCUACCGAACCUUCCGGGUUACCAGGCUCAUCCCAUGAUGCGUCGCAUCAGCUCGCUUGUACCACAUCGCAGCCCGCCGCGUACGCCGUCGUCCUCUACCGACGGCAUGGAAACUCCGUCCGAGUCGAACGGCAAUGACUACAAGUGGAAGGACCUGUUCAGCACGCCAGCGGCUCCUCCGGCCUACGAAGAGAUAUUCCCAGAGAAUGCGGACAAGGACACAGAUGUCAAGAAGAUGUCCGUGGCUCAUGCUGUUGCCGAUCACCUCCUCGACCAGGCGUGCGUCCAGAAGUUUGACGUUGUGGCUGAGAGCUCAAGUGACGCCACCAAGGGCAGCCUGAACGUCGAGCUUGGCAAGAAGAGCCUCACCAAGGAAGAACAGGACCAGGUCAGAAGGGCCCAUGCGCAGAAGCUGAAGCGGAUCCGGAGCGAUCGCAACCUGUUCUUCAUUUGGAUCCCACUGCUGCUCAUCAUUCUGUGUGCAAUGCUGCGGAGCAGGCUCCCACAGUUGUGGGCGGCUGCGUCUGCCUUCUUCGGCGCUGUCCAGGAACGAACGACGCCCGGCCGCGUGGUCGAGGUUGCGUAA